CGGGAAUUUCCGCUUGACGCUGAGUAAUUUUAAUAUGCACAACGCCUUGCGGUGGACAGGGGAGGUCUUUCAAUUCACCCAGGACGGGAAAUUGUAAGGGAAUAAAAGCAAAACUGUUCAUCCAUUAGGCUUGACGACAUGUCUGCUUGAUAUCUGGUGUUAUACCGCCCUUUCUAGCGUGCUUCCACCUGGCGGAAUCCCGCUUCCUCAAAUCCGCUAGCAUGAUCCGUGCAUGGAUUCUUAACCUUCUAGCGUGCUUCUAGCGUGGUAUCCAGUCGACAGGGGCCAUGAAUUUUCAACAUGCGUGGGUCGUUGAUUUACAAUGCCCAAUGGCUCAUGGCUGUCAGAGAGCAGACACGCAUCCAACCAGAGAGAGGGCGGAGGGAGGACGGGCCACGCGAGGAGUUUUCUUCUCUUUCGUCCCGAUCCCCUUGGGCACCUCGAUGCAUCAGGCAUUUGGGCAGGAUUCCCAUGGUUUGUUUCCGGGCCACAGCCCAAGAGAUGCGCCAAGUGGGUUUGUUUGUUGUUGUAUAGCAAUCACUUUGUAUUUUGCCUCUUUCCUUCUCUGGAAGAUGGAGAAAAUUUUCACUCCUCACAGGCCUUUUCCACACGUUUUGACGUCAGUAUACGAGCCGCUUUUUGUGGGCGGUCGUCAAACGGGUCUCGUUGUGUGGGUAUCAUUUUGCCCGUUGUGGAUAUAUCGGAGAAAAAUGAAAGAAAAAAUCAGCAUUUUUCUUCAGCAUCUCCGCUUCUCGUUGGUCCGCAAUGCUCUCCCUUCCCCUCCACGGUUUGUGGACCAGCAUGUUCUAGACGGGACUUACAAGACUCUGUCUGCACCACGACUACACUACACCGUACACCCACGUGGAGAGGUAUCCAGAGAUGACAAACUCUUGCAGAGGGCGUGGGCGUAGUAUACGCCUCGACGGAAAGGCGGUCCCCUGUUCUUGGGACGAGAUUGCCUGUACGGAUUAUCCGUGUGAUGGCAUUGUAAUCAUGAUGACAUUUUAUCCCAACGGGGAACCGGACAGAAACUGGCGCCGAGACCGAUUGGUCCCAGUCACGCUGGGGCCUCCUGGAGACCGUCACGUUUGAUGUGGGAGCCUUGCGAUGGGGAAGGGGGG